GUAUUUGAAAAAUUUUUAGCUCGCUCGUUUUCAGUUGGAGUACUUUAUAAGUGGGUGGAAGUAGUGAUAAAAUUGUAAAAGUAGUAAUAAAGUGUCGUCUGUGAUUUUUCGUAUAGUCGCGAUUUAAACAAUAGUUGAAUUUUGUAGGUGUUUACGAUUUUGUUUAACAAAAAGUAAAAGAAAAUAAGUAUUCCAUACAAGCUCGUAAAAGUUAGCAUAAAAGAUAAAUAAAAAAAUACUCAUAUACGGGGAUUCGUGGAAUGGCUGGAACUGCAACUAAUAGUCGUCGAAGAUGGUCAAAUAUAUUAACAUGUCGUCAAGUAUUAAAUAUAAUGGUCAUCACGGGCUUCAUGUUCAACUACAUGUUACGAGUGAACUUGACCAUAGCCAUAGUAGAGAUGGUGCAAAGUGUUGCAACAAAUUCUUCUGCAACAAACUCAACCAACUCAACGACAGCCAUAGUUCCCGUACACAAUCACCACUUCAACUGGACAGCUUCACAGAAAAACGAAGUUCUAGGGAGCUUCUUCUGGGGCUACAUCCUAACAGAAAUACCAGGCGGCCGAAUGGCUGAGAUGGUAGGUGCGAAAAGAAUUUUCGGAGGCGGCAUGCUACUAGCUAGCAUUCUAACAGUACUAACACCAGGGUCGUGUUACUGGAAUUUUUACGUUGCCGUCGCAAUUAGGGCAUUAGUCGGGUUCUGCUUGGGAGCCACUUGGCCCGCCAUUCCACCCAUGGCAGCUAAAUGGAUACCGCCCAUGGAACGGUCGAAAUUCAUGGCUAACAUGAUGGCCAGCGCUUUAGGGGCAGCUUUAACAUUGCCGGUUUGUGGUUUGUUAAUCAAUAUAUCUGGUUGGGAAUCAGUUUUUUACGUAACUGGUGCCGUAGGGAUAAUAUGGUCCAUUUUAUGGUUUGUUCUGGUGUUCGAUUCCCCAGCCCAACACCCAAGGAUAACGCCCGAAGAGAGAAUGGACAUAGAAAAUAAGAUAGCCGAGAUGGAUAACAAUGGGAAAACAAUGAAACCUGAUAAUGUUCCAUGGAGGCAAUUAUUGACCAGCAUGCCAGUUUGGGCUAUUAUUAUAACGCACGGAUGUUCAGUGUUUGGAUAUUUUACUGUGGUGAAUCAGCUGCCUACUUAUAUGAAGGAUGUAUUGAAAUUUGACAUUAAGAAAAAUGGACUUUUAUCAAGUUUGCCUUAUUUCGGCAAAUAUUUAAUGGCAGUGAUAGCUAGCUACGUAGCAGAUAAAAUAAGAAAAUCUGGAAAACUUUCCACAACAACCACGAGAAAAGUCUUUACGACAUUUGCUUGUUCCCUCCCAGCUCUGAUGAUGGCGAUUCAAGCGAUUUGGGGAAAAACGGCCGCGCUGUCAGUGACGGUGUUCACAUGUGCUUUAUUUUUCAAUGGUGCCGUCACAGCUGGAUACCUGUCAAAUGUCUUGGACAUCGCUCCCAACUUUUCAGGUACCAUAUUUGGUAUGGCAAACACACUAUCUUCAAUAUCUGGAUGGGUUUCGACCAAAAUUGUGGCUUUGAUCACAGAAACCGAAAGUUCUUUCUACACCUGGAGGUACAUUUUCUGGAUAUUAGUCGGAACAUACGGAUUAGGUGCUAUAUUUUUCCUGGUGUUUGGCACAGGUAAAUUACAGAAAUUUAAUUCUAUACCGUGCAAUAGUAUUCACGACAAAGAGAUGCAACCUCUUAAAUCGCCCAUUGAAAUCGAGAAAGAAAAAGAGGCCAUGGCCUAAAAUAUACAACUGAAUUAAUUGAUAUUUAAUUCGUUUAAUCCGGAGACAGCCUUCUUCACUCAUUAUGGACUUAAAUCUGCGAAAAGAUAAACUGAAUGGCUGGCUCAUUUUGGAAUUCUGCAAUUGGUCAGAAAAUACUCUUAAAAGUCAAAGUUAUUUGCAAUAUUUUGUCAAGUCAAAUUAUUUACUUAAUAUAAAAUUGUCAAAAAUUGAUCUCGCUUGCUAA